AUGCCUUUGAGUUGCGUUUGGGGGGCAAGGCAAGGCAAGGCAAGGCUGGGAGGCAGGGCUGCUGGGCAGCCAGCCAAGGAGAAGGGCCCGAGCCCCGAGCAGCCCAGCCAGCCCCUCUGCCUGGCCCUCGGGGCCCGUGGUCGGAGAGCCAGGGCUGCUGGGAGGUACAAGGCCCUCGCCCGCGGCGCCUGCCAGUGCCUGGUUCUUUCCGCUCGCCGCCAGAGGAAAGAAGAUGCCCAGCGGCAGCCCAGCCGACGGCGCCUGAUCCUGGUUGGCAAGACCGGCGGUGGGAAGAGCGCGACGGGGAACACGAUCCUCGGCCGGAGGGAGUUUGAGUCCGUCCUGGCACCAAGGACCACCACCUUGAAGUCCCAAAAAGGGAAAGGAAGGUGGAAGGACUGGGACAUUUCUGUGAUUGACACGCCAGCCAUUUUUGAUGGCGAUGUCUCCAGGGAGAUCCUGGUCCCUGAGAUCAGGCGCUGCGUUGCGCUCUCCAGUCCUGGCCCUCAUGCCUUGGUCUUUGUCACCCAAGUCGGACGCUUCACCGCAGAAGACAAAGCGGCGGCCAAACAAGUCCUGGCUGUGUUUGGGGAGGAGGCUUCUGGGUACAUGGUGGUUCUCUUCACCCGCAAAGAGGAUUUAGCCGGGGGUCCCUUGGAGGACUACAUCUGGGGCUCAGACAAUGAAGGUCUCCAGGGGCUGAUUCGGAAGUGCGGGGGGCGCUUCCUUGCCUUCAGUAACAAGGCAGAUGGGAUGGAAAGGGAGAGGCAGGUCUCUGAGCUGAUGGAAAUUGUCCAGGGAAUACUCCAGGAGAAUCAGGGGAGGCAUUACUCCAAUGAGCUCUACUUGGAGCAUGACUUAACGGAUGGAAAGAUCCAGUCUUUCAUGGCAGAGAAUGGAGGAGGCAGGAGAAAGGCAGCAGGAGGCUGGGUCUGGAAUACAACAUGCAAGAUAUUGGUGGGUGCUGCUGUUGCUGCUGGUGGCAUUGGUUUUGUUUGGCUAAUGAUUCAUCUGUUUAAUCAAAAAUAAUCAAGCAGUUUUUCUUCCUGCAGAAACAGCUCCGUUUCUCCCCAAACAUCUUGGGAUUUAGGUGCACCGGCAGCUGCAGCAACAACACCAGAAAGGCCUUAAGCAUGGAAUUUGGAGUGUGUCCUUUGGAUAUUUAAGCUCUCAACCAGGGCAUCCUGGGUCUUUUUCUGGGUGCCUCUGAGAUGUAGUGAACCUAUCUCUAUAACAAGAUAACUUGUCUGUAUACUAACAAUGUGUCCUCCAUCACCAGAGCCUAAUAUCUUCAUGUUAUUCUACUCUCCAAAAUUGUAACUCUUUCUGUGAAGGUAUACCACCUUCAUCUUUUACUAAAACCUUUUCGACAGAUAUCUUCCAUAUUCCAUCAAAAUCAUUCCUUUUCAUUAUACCUUUGUUUAGGGCCUUAAUUUCCCAUGUUAUCUUAUCAUGAAUUGCCAUUUGACAUCCUUCUUUGUACCAAUUUCGUAUUUGAAGAUCUCCUUGAACUUUCCUUCCUGUAUUUCUUAUAGUUCUCCGUGUUGAAAUUGAUUUUGUUAGUUUUGGCCUAUCUUCCUAAUGGUCAUUUUGAAUUUUGCAUCCUUUCCUUUUUCAUCCGUUAAUAAUUAAACUAUGAUUAAGAAAAAGUUGUUUAGAUAAAGGUGUAAAGAAUUGUAGUUUGAAAGCAGAAUAAAUUAAUGGAUCACAUUUAGCAAGAAUAAGUGUUGAACUAGUUAGAUAGGAAGUAUUGCAUUAUGGAUGGAGGAGUAGAAGGAUGAAUGUGUAUUAAAUUGAGAUAGAAGUUUGAGAUGAGAAAGACGUUGGGAGGGUGAAAUGGAGAGAUGGAGAAGAAAGUUAUUUAGUAAGUGAAGGCGGUUGGAGUAAGAGAUCCGUUUGGAAGAAUAGUGAGGAGUUGGAUGGAAACCAAGGAGAAGCAAAGGGAAGAGAAGUAAACAAAGGUGGUUAAUCAAGGAGAGGAUAGAGAGACGGAAGACAGAAGUUGGACAGUGUGCUGAAUUCAAACAUUGCAAUGAGGAUUUUAUGAUAACUAGUCAAUUUGAAUAAUUAAAAAUUGAUAGGUUCUAAGUGAAGUAUUGAUUUGUAAUCAAGUAAGAGGAUUGUGUAUAUUUGCUUGUCUUUGUCUUUCUUAUUUGACAAAAACUGAAAAGAAGUUUUUGUUUUUGAGUUGUGUAUAUUAAUAACUGUUUAAUAAAAAUAAA